AUGGGCCCCUGCCUUGAUACCAAGAAUCUGUUUCCCUUCCCAGGAGAUACUCACUCGGUGGAUUUACUCUUCAGCUUGGAUCGUGUUACUGCUCUGGAGCACUUACUCAAGUCUGUCUUGCUUUAUUCCUUUGACACAUCUGUUCCCAUUUCCUCUUCCAUUACCUGCAUAUGCCAUUUAUCCCUCAAGGAACAUGAUUUUUCCAGCCAAGUUUGUCCCAGCAUUUCCCACUCUUUAGCUUUUAGCCUGCACUCUGACGUUAGGAAACGCAAAUGGGUGGAGAUGGAUGUGACUUCUUUCCUGCGGCCUCUGAUUGCUAUGAGCAGGAGGAACGUGCACAUGGCUCUGAACUUCACUUGUCUGACGGGUGACCCACAAGGGAGCACGAAGCUGGGAAAGGCUAUGAAUGUGACACUCGUUCCCCCUUCCCUCCUGCUCUAUCUGAACGACACCAGCGAGCAAGCUCAUCACCGGGGGAGCUCACUGGGGCACGGGAGGAAAAGCAGCAGCCCGCAGGUGGAUGCUCCAAGGGGUGACCAAGGCAAUGCCCAGGGUAAAAGGGCCUCUCGGCAGCGAAGGAACGAGAAUCCCAAAGCGGCGCCAGCCUCCUCGCCCCACAACCUGAAGCAGUUCGCGUUCCCUCCGCACGAGUGCGAGCUGCACAACUUCCGCCUGAGCUUCAGCCAGCUGCGCUGGGACCGCUGGAUCAUCGCCCCGCACCGCUACAGCCCGCAGUUCUGCCGCGGGGACUGCCCCCGCGCCCUGGGCCAGCGCUACGGCUCCCCGGUGCACACCAUGGUGCAGACCCUCAUCUACGAGCGCCUGGACCCCGCCGUGCCGCGGCCCUCGUGCGUGCCCGCCGCCUACAGCCCGCUCAGCGUGCUCACCAUCGAGCCCGACGGCUCCAUCGCCUACAAGGAGUACGAGGACAUGAUCGCCACCAAGUGCACCUGCCGCUAGCGGCUCUGCUUGGGCACGGUGUGCGCUCCAAAUACACCUUUUAGUUUUGCGUUCUCAAGGUGCUGUAGCUACGAGCACUGGAACUCCAGGAGCUGGGAUUUAGCACCGAGUUAGCACAAGGGGGUUCACAUCAGAGCACUGGUUUUUGUACUCACUCAGCCUCUCUAGAAUGUGCAAUCAAAUGUAAAUAGUGUCUUUUUAUCGGGAGAAUUUUGCAUUUAAAAUGGGGGAAAGGUUUCAACUAUUAAAUGUCUAUUUUUAAGCUGCUUUAUUACAGAUUUAAAAAAAAGAGAGAGAAAUAAAUGGCUGUCACACAUACCCUGACAUGCAGUGCCUGCUACUCUGCCUCUACAGAAACCUUGUGUGUGGCAUCUCCAGCAAUGACUAGCAAGGGGAGAAAGUCUUUAAUGUCAGAAUUAUUUCUUCAGUUUUUCAUUCUCUUCCCCUACCACAUUCCAGCUCUUCCAAGCAGGGUGACAAAACCCUUCCUCACAGUUCUAUAGAGAUUAAAAGGUUGUUUUUUUGCUUUUCUUCUGUUGCACUCUGGGCUUUCUCAGCUAAAAGAAGGGUGAGAAUUUAAGGGCAGUUGUGGGUAAUUUGUGGACACUUUAGGCACUAUUUUGAUAACAACUGGCAUCAGGUGAGGCUUCCUUUAUUCAAGAAUAAGGAGCAGCUGUCCAUGGGGUGAGAGCAGAACAUUGUCUGCUGGAGGCACAUUGCCACUAGCUUCUUAAAUAGGAAGAAUUGUUUAAAAAGCCUAAUCCCCCAUAAUGGCUUCUAAAAUCCUUAAAUGUGUUGAUGUAAAUGCUGUUCAAUGGGUUUAAUAUUCUGAAAUGUGGGGCUGCAGCUUUGUUUCCUCUCACAAUGAAACUGUCGGUAACAAGUGCCUCAACUCUAGAUGCUUUCACACCAAAUUUUUACUGUAAUUGAUUUAUUAUGAUUUAUUUUCUCCUCCUGGACUUGGGGCUCAUACACAAAACGUCUCAGCUUUAGUGGGCAUUUUUCUUGUUUGUUUGCUAAUUAAAGGCUGUGGAGCAGCACCAUCUUGUAAAACUUGUUCAGAACAUUCUUUAACAUUGACUUGCUAAUGGAUUAAUAAACAAAUGGUGUAACUUUCUGCACUCAGGCACCCAACCAGCCCCUACCUGAGAUCCUGAGCUCUUCCAGAGGCUGGGAAUUCAGCCUGGCAGGGCAGGGACUGCUGAGUGGUGUCACUCUGGUUCACCUGGUCACUGAACCCACAGAUGGAGCAGUGUCUGGAGAGCUCCUGGAGCACAAAUCUGCCCUAAAAGUGAGCAUCCCGCUCCAUGUUUCGGUCUCUGACUGCUAAAAUCAAAGUGAUUGACACCAA